ACCCCAAAAAGAAAUAACUGCAGAAAUAAGGACCAGCAUAUUCUUGAAAGCCCUGAAACAAUUAAAGAGAAGCUGUAAGAGACGGAAAGAUCAAACCAAAAAAGGUAAGAGAUGAAAGAAAAACAUGAAGGGUACUUGCUGGGAAGUGUCUUCUACACUUUUUCCACUGGCUAUGUAGAAGCGAAAUUUGUAAGAAAAACAACAGCGACUCAAAGAAUUUCCACUAAAAGAUGCUUACAGCUGUGUCUCUGGUCCCUCCCUCCUCUGCUCUCACGUGCCUCAGGCUUAUACUGGUUUCUUGGUCGUGACGCAUAUUCUUAGUGAUAUGAGGAAGUUUGCUGCCCACCUGCAAUAUAAGGGCAUUUAGGAAAAUGCUUUGAUCAGAGAGAGAGAGAGAGGGCAUGAGAGCAAGCACGUCCCACUGACCUCUCUUCACUCACCCACCCACUUCUAGCACCUUCUUUGCCCAUGCCUCAUUUUUGCUGACCUCUUCAAGCUUUGGACCUUGUCAAGCACGGACCCACGUGGGACACAGCCCCUCACCUUUCCUGGAUGCCACAAUGAGGCCGGUGUCCCUGGUGCUGCUCCUCACCUUUGCCCUGCUGGCUUUUAGUGCUUGUCACAUCCUAGCAGGAUUAGCGGAGGGGGAAAGCAGGGAGCAGAAAAUGUGGGUCAGAGAGGGGAGCUCAGCUGUGCUGCCCUGCCACUUGAGCCCCAGAAAAAUGAGAAAGAGCUUGAAGCAGCUGCCUGACAAGACAUCUGUGCUGUGGAAGAGGCAUGGGGGAAGUGUCCACCAGGAGCCACAUGGGGUACUGGAGGUGGGGUACUCGGGCCUCCAGAAGACAGCACUGCUCAUGAAGCCCCGGGUGUCACUCCAGGACUCUGCUUUGCGCAAUGGCAAUUUCUCCCUGCGGAUUGACCCUGUCCGCAGUGAGGACGCUGGGCUCUAUGAGGCAUGGGUGAAAUACAACUCGGAGGUCCAUACUUGCCACGUGGAGCUGGGGGUAAUUACAGUAACCCUCAGUCCACCCGACCCUGUGGUAGAAAAUGAACAACUCUUGAUGAGCUGCAACUCCAGCUACCGGGCCAGCCUUGUGGAGACAUGCUGGUUCCAUAACGGGCACCUGGGCCUCACCUCCAGGACCUUCUGCUCCUUGCCUGGGGCUCUCUCCAUCCUACGGCCAUCCAUGAGUGAUGCGGGCUCCUGGCGCUGCCAGCUUCGAUACUCUGAUAACGAGAUCAUUUCUGCCACGUACAACCUGCAAAUUCUAGGUUUUGAUGGCCCAGCCAACCCUGUGGUCUAUGCUGCAGCUGGCUCUGCAGCCCAUCUACCGUGCAGCCUGAGCUACCUUCCCAGUUCCUUUCAGAUGAACAUGGUGACAGCCCACUGGAGCCACCUUGCAGGAGGACACUUGCAAGACUGGGACAUCUCUCCGAAUCUGAGUAGCAGAAACUUUCCCCUGCAUCUCCCUGUGGUGGGGCCGGGUGAUGCAGGGCAGUACCUCUGUGCUGUCUCUGUGGGCCACAAAACAAUCAGCAGGGAAGUGACCUUGGCAGUGGUUACAGUGACUCCAAGCAUCCAAGGGCCAGUUUCUGAGGGGAGUCGUUUGCUGCUCAUCUGCAGCCUCACACACUCCUUGGGACAUGAACGUUUCCAGUGGAAGCACCUUGCCUCAGUCCCCACUAACAGCAAGCUGGCUGUGGCCACACCCCAAAACCUGGAGGACCACAGUGCCCCCAUGGGACCUACCUUAGAAAUACCCAAAGUGUCACAAAAGGAUACGGGCACAUGGGAAUGCAGCGUAUAUGGCCCAGAAGGCCAACUGGGAGCAGUGGAGUACGAGCUGCAGAUCACAGGUGCCCAGGUCUCCAACCCUCCUGCUAUCUUCAGUGGGCAGAUUACUUUUGGGCUGACACUUACCCUCUUCCUUCUACUUGCUGUCUGUGUUGUGGCUCUGGCCCUACAGAAAAGGGCACGGACUCCUGCCUUCCCAGCACUGGAAGGGAUGUCUGUAGUCCCUGAGCCAUGGAAGUCAAUGAAAGAAAACCAGAAAGGGAAGAUCCAACAAACUGAGUGCUGACAGGAGCAGGGACACCAGGGCUAGUCUUUGUGGGAGGAUGAAAUUCUGUGUGCUAUGCUGCAGAGAGAUGGGCACCAUGCAGACCUGUCAGGGGGGUCGAGGGACGGCAUGAACAAUGCAGAAGGCCUUGGGAGCUCUGCACCUGCAGGGGGGCUGGGAGCUGCCUGCCAGGGCAAGGCGAGCCUCACCGCUGCAGUAAGGUGGCCAGCAGCACAGAUACUUUGGAGCUAUUGGGAGUAUUUGAGCCAGUAGCUAUUGCCUGCUUCAGUGCCACAUCUCUGCCCACUAUUUGCCCCUCCUCCAUGGCUCCUUUCACAACCUUUCUCUGGUGGAACACCAGGACGCAGGAGAUGGCUGCAAUCUAUCUUUCCUGCAGCCUGAUGGUGCUUUCUGCCCCCCUUGCUCUGUUUCUUCUCCCUCUGCCUGCACUGCCCUGAUCACUGCCCUGUUGCACAGUUUGAGCAUUUUAACUUAUUAGAAACUCAUUUUAGAACUGAAAAUAAAUCUA